AUGCAGAGCUCGAGCUCGCUGACUUUGCCCGAGCGACUUUGCGCCGCAUGUAUACCUUUGAUAGCGAUCAUCGAUAUCCUCAUCUUCUCGGUGGCCGGCUGCUUCCAGUAUGGCUGCGGUAGACGCCCACGUCAGAGGCCCGUGCGCCUCGGGCUCAAAGACUUUGGUCGCAUGGCCGAUGAAACAAACUGUAAGCCAUAUAUGCCGUCCCCAUACUCAUUGGUUCUCGAAUUCUCCGUAGUUUCUUUUGGCGGCAUCGCGUAUCGUUGUUCUUUUUCUCUUGAUCUAGAAUUUUUCUUCCGACGUUCUUUAUUGUCUCCCAUUUGUUCCUCUCUUCUGCAGUCGGAGUCAACGAGGUUGAGGCACUACACGAACUAUUCAAGAAAUUGAGCAGAUCCAUCGUCGACGAUGGUUUAAUUCACAAGGUGGGCAUGAGUCGUUCUCACUAGCACUCCCCCUGGGGUUCGCAUCUAUGGAUUUCUACUUUUGCUGUAUAUUAUAUAUUCACUCUUCUCUUUUCAAUUUCGUUUCCUCUUUGACUUUUUUGUUCAAUAAACCGUGGAGAAAUGUUGUCCGCUGUUGCAAAGUUUGCUUUGAAUGUAGAGUAUUGGAGCGUUGAUUCAGCCUGUCGGGACUGUAAGAUACAAAGGGACUCUUGUCCCGGGGAAGGGGGGGUAUGGAAGGGCGGAUCUGAAAGUUUGAUAUCGGCUCCAUAUCCACAAUGCUUUGAUUGAACAUUGAUGAUGGUGUAGAAAGACUGUUGGGUGUGAAAUUGGUAGGCUGACAUGGUCUGGAAUGGAAGUUUUAAUUGCUAGUGAUGCGAUUUUUUUCUUUGUUUCCUAGCUGCUUAAGAUUAACCUAUCCAAUCAAGAGGGCAAAUUUCUCCAGACAUUUAUUGUCGCGGGAAUUUAACAAAUCGUCUUCUGUUAAUUAUGAAUAAUUCACUUUCACCAGGAGAGUUUGCAAAGUUCCUAGGUUCGCUGGAUCUGAUGUCUGGGCAAUAUGCUUAAAAGGAUUCCCUAGAGAGAUGGUGUGAAAUUUAUGGUGAUAGCACUGAUGAUGUGUAAUCUCUAUGAUGAAUAAAUAGUUUAGUUUUCUUUGAGAAAUGUAUUUGACCGAGUAGUUGUAUGAUGCAUUAAUUAAAAAUGGCACCUGUAUAUGCAUAUAUAUUCCUUUUUUUUUAUUGUCUCGCUGGUACUCUAAUUAUAAUCUUAUUUAAUGAUUAUAAUUUUAACUUUUCAGGAAGAACUUCAGCUGGCUCUUUUCAAGACUGCUUUUGGUGAGAACCUAUUUUUGGAUAGAGUAAGUAGGUUUUAUUGGCCUUCUUCCUAAUUAAUUCAGGUCAUUUCCAAAUAGAUAAACAUGACAUGCUUCUCAAAACAUAAACUCAAUUCUACCUCCUAACGCCUACUGUUUGUUAGAUGGGUCAUAGCUGUCCAGUUUUGCCCUCUUGAUGGGUCAGCAUGCAGACUAAUUUUUAAAAAUCUAGCAGUUGUGCUACUGAACCUGUAGGGCAUAACACUAUGACAUGCGUUGCCCAAGGUUUUAAGCAACCUUCGUCGAGAGUUUUCCCCAAGUCAUUAUGACAGCCUGAAUAUACUACCAGACAAGUGAAGCCCAUGCAUGUCAUCAUGAUUGACAUUACCAUGUAUAAAUUCUCUUUCAAAUCUAAUUAUUGAUUAUAUUUUCUAUUUGUCUUCCUCAGUGUGGAAUUAUUUUAUAUUAAGGAUCCUAAAAUAUUUUCUAGGUUCGGUUUACUUCGUUUGGCAGGAUCCAUCAUGUUUUGUUUAGGUUACAAGUCAUUGAACUUUGGUUUACCUAGACUCAAAAUGUUUGACUAAUUUGGAAGACGCAUUUUGACUGGAGGUACGUUAAUGACUGUUCCAUUUUUUAUUUUGAGGGCCACCUACCCUAAGUAAUGUCUCAAUAAUGCAAGUUUUUUUAAUAUCCAACACUUUGUGAAUCCCCGUGCAUCUGAGAUCGAAUUAGAUGAAUAUGCGAACUCCUUUCAAGGUAUGGAUGCCACCACUUUUCUGCUGUAUCUUUCAUCACAAAAAGGAUCCUCUGUGUAAUCGAAGAGAUAUGAUGGAAAGUAGCGGUAAGGGGUCUUGAAAAGGAUGACUGGAGGGCUCCAAAGACGAGGGUUGCUGCACUCGUUGCCAUUUGAUAGUGCACUAGCAUAGCAUAUGGUUUGACUCAAUUUACAUAUCUCAUUCCUUUUUUGUGCUCCAACUAAAGUAGCGGAUAAGAGCCAACUGCAACAAGGGAGAAUUGUCUUUCCAGUGUCAAUGGUUGCAUGUGCCCUCUUCUUAUUGUCAUCUUUUCUAAGGCCACGUGUAAAGCAUUACUAGUCCGUGAAAUGGUGUAAAUUAAAAAAUAUUAUCCUACUCAUGCUUAUUCUUAUCUUAAGACUUCAUCAGGAGACUAAUUCAUUUAUAAAGCAUACCCUUUCUUUUACCUUUUCUGGACGACAAAUUUACUCUACUACGAUGAGCAUCAUUUUCGCUCCUCCCUUGUACCUCACAUUAUUCACCUUACAAAUGGUGUUGCUUCUUCUAGGUUUUUGACGUUUUUGAUGAAAAGAAGAAUGGAGUCAUUGAAUUUGAGGAAUUUGUCCAUGCACUCAGCAUCUUCCAUCCCCAUGCUCCUGUAGACGAAAAAAUUAAUUGUGAGUGUAUGAACUAUGAAGGAAAUACUUUCUUAAUUCGUUGCAUUGCUUAACUAGGUGAGUUAUUUUCUUCUUUUCCUGUAGUUGCUUUUAGAUUGUAUGACCUGAGACAGACAGGAUUUAUAGAACGUGAAGAAGUGAGUUCCUUGACCCUAUUUAUAUUCUCUUUCUGUAUUUUCUUCACAUUGUGCUAUCCAAAGUUGUCUAUAUUUAGGCAUAUGUUUUGCCCCAUCUUUGAAUAAUACAGGUCAAACAGAUGUUAAUCGCUAUUUUGAUGGAGUCAGACAUGAAGCUGCCAGAUACCUUCCUUGAAGCAAUAAUUGACAAGGCAAGAAUGUUCCCUGAUGAUGCCUUUUCUUCUGUAAUGAUGUUCAGGUGAGGUGCUCUAAUAUUAUGUUGAUUCAGACCUUUGCUGAUGCGGAUACGGAUGGAGACGGCAAGAUUAACAAAUUAGACUGGAAGGAAUUUGUUGCCAGGCAUCCCACGAUUUUGAGGAAUAUGACGCUCCCUUAUUUGAGGUAUGUUUCUCUAAAUUUUGCGAUUAAUUAAAAGAAAUAACCCAUUUAUGUUGCUUCUUCGGGUAAGAGUCUGUACUGUUCAUUGAAUGACCGAAGAGAUUCCCAAGUCAUGGGCAAAGGAGAGCAAGCCGCUCACCUCUUGUUUUCUACUAGUUUCACAUCCAUUGAUGUAUGAAAUUAUUAGAAUUCUAAGAUUCCUGAUAAGCUAGUAUAAUUCGGGUGUUCAAAUCUCGCACAUCCGCGGAUUUUGUGAGAGAAUUGCCCUCAAAAGUCAUGCGGAUGUGGAUUCUGACCUGUGAUUUUGGAAGAAUCGCGUUUUGUUCAGAGGGUCAACACCAGUUCUUGAUUUUUCCAGGGACAUCACGACAGUUUUCCCAAGUUUCAUUUUCAACACCGAGGUUGAAGACUAA